AUGAUGGUAUUAUUACGAGUGAUUGCAUAUUUAUGUUAUGUAAUUGUAAACGCACAAAAUAAUAAUAUAAUUUCAAAUGAUUAUGCAGAAGUUCGCGUGUUAUUAGAUCAAUAUUAUAAAAUUACCGCACGGAAGUAUGGUACAUAUCAUGAUUACGAUUCUAAAAAAGUUAGCAAAGACUUAAGAGAUAUUCCGGCUGAUGAUGGUACCGAAGCAAGUAUUAAUCGUAAGGAAGGUGUUGUGGGUGAUUUAUUCGAGAAUGAUAUCUUAUUAACAUUACCACAAAUUAAAGCUUUACUCAAUGAAGAUAUCAAAAAUAGAAAUAGUCGACAAGCAAUUCGAGGAGAGCAAUACAAUUGGAUGAAUAUGCCAAUAUCAUAUUAUUUUAGCAGUUUGGAUGUUAAAUGGCAAAAUUUAAUUCGUACCGCAUUACAUCAUAUCGAAGCAGAAACAUGCAUUCGCUUCAAGGAGAAUGGUAGCAAUAAGAAUUAUAUUUAUUUCACACGAGGACGAGGUUGUUGGAGUAAUGUUGGUAAAAUUGGUGGUCGACAAAUAAUAUCCAUUGGACUUGGAUGUGAAUCAAUGGGUAUAGUUGCACAUGAAGUAUUACAUGCACUUGGCUUAUGGCAUGAGCAAUCACGUAGCGAUCGUGAUAGUAAUAUUUGGAUUAAUCAUAUGAAUAUUUAUCCAGGUACUCAAGGAAAUUUUGAAAAACGAACAACACUAAAUACUGAUAAUAUGGGAUUAUCAUAUGAUUAUGGUUCAUUGAUGCAUUAUGGUUCUAAAGCAUUUACAAUUAGUUUUGAUAGGUAUACGAUUGAGACACGCGAUCGUCGGUAUCAGCAAACGAUCGGACAACGACAAGCACUUUCAUUCAAGGAUGCAAAAAUGAUUAAUUUACGCUAUUGCAAUGAUACUUGUAGAUAUCGAAUGAACUGUUAUAAUGGUGGAUAUACAAAUCCAAAUAAUUGUUAUGAGUGCAAAUGUCCGACUGGAUUAGGUGGACGAAAUUGUUUAUCAGUGGAAAAAAGUAAAACACCUAAAUGUGGUGGUGAUUUGUUGGCUGGUUAUGAUUAUCAAAACAUUACAAUUACUGCCCAAAAUGGUAAUGUUCAUUGCGUCUGGAGGAUUAGGUCCAAUGCGCAAGUGCUCGUAUACGUUGAUGAAUUACAAUUACCUUGCAAAGCAACAUGUACUAGUUAUUUAGAACUGAAAUUUAAAACAGAUAUGAUUUCAACUGGUUCAAGGCAUUGUUGUGAAUCACCAAAUGCAUGGAUAGCAAGUGAAAGUAAUACUUUCAUUAUUAUUUAUACAGCAAAUGUUCUCACCGAUGGUUCCGGUAUAUGGGGAUUCAAAUUGCGUUACAAGCUAUAUGAUUUGGACGGUUCAGCAUCAAAAUUUCUGCCAAAUAAGAAAUUAAUUAUGACAACAACAACAACAACAACAAUAACAACAAGAACAAGAUCCACUACUGCUACUACUACUACUCCUACUACAUCUAUAACAACAGCAACAUCAGCUUGGAGCAAUUGGGGCAAAUGGAGCGCAUGUUCGGUAACUUGUGGCGGUUGUGGUAAACAACGUCGUAUUCGUGCAUGUUAUGGCAAAAAUCAGUAUUGUCCAGGACCAAAAGAAGAUAUGAAAAAAUGUGGCGAAAAGCGAUGUCCAAUUUGGCAAAAUUUUAAUUGUGUUGGACGAUUAGUUGUACCAUGUAGUCUGUACAAGAAUUUACAAUUUGCUACAGAUAAAGAUGCUUAUAUGCUACCUGAUGACAAGUUAAACGUGGAUCAAUACAAAUAUAAACAAUAUGUUAGAUCAGCAUUUUCUGGUGAACGACUUUGCGAAAAAUAUUUUUAUCAUUUAUGUUCAAUGUCAACGUUUACUGUUUAUUUGGGCUGGAAAAGUGGAAAUGAUUGGUUGAAAUUGGAUAGACGAGGAUGUUGUAGCGGAUAUCAUUAUAAUGGAACUGUUUGCAUUCCAGACUGA